AUGAUCUGGACUCUUAAACUAGCUCAAGUAGGGAUUUAUACCCAACGUCUCUGCGAUCGGCAACGUCGUAAACAAAUUGCACGUGAACAUGGUUUGAUUGCCCAUAUUAUGGCUCAUAUUCUCAAUAGAAGAAUCAAACGAAAUCAGCCUUCAAAUGGUUCUAACAUUGGAAACAAAAAUCCUCUAGCGGAAACCCAAAACGCCAUUGCUUCUCAUUUAACGUCAAAUGUCAGUAAUGGAUUUCUUCUCAACUUUCCAAUUAAACGAGGUCGUGGUAGACCACCUUCUCCAGUGAAAAAGCGUCAGAAACUCUCGAUAGGAUGCACUGGCAAGCAGCUGACUCUGCAUGCUCUUGGCUUCACAAAAAUUUCGAAUAAUAAUAAUAAUGGGUAUAAUCAUAAAAAGCCCUGUGCGAUAGUCACCUCCCAAAGCCGAUUCCCUCCUUCGGGUAGCUGGUUGGCCGCACCGUUUAUUAUUCAAUCGUGGGGUUCAACAAAGGGACAUCCUAUCAUAGAUGCUGACCUUCCCUCCAAAAAUGUUAUUUCUUGGUAUAAUUCAUUUGUUUCGAGAUCAGUUUUUCCAUCUUCUGACACUCUUCCGCCGGCAAUAGAGGACUAUGAUGCUUUGUAA